AAAACAAAUUUCUUAUACAGCACAGUAAAAGUUCAUUCAACUUUUUGAGAGAAUGUACAGAACCUUUUUAAAGUUACAUAACCUAUAGAAGAUCACCGCUAUAAAACGAAGUAAUUGCCCACGCAUUGGGAACGGUCAAUCCCUUUCGGUAUGAAGUGAACCUUUCCCCAAAGAUCUUUCCCUCUUUCGGAGCUGACGGGCUUAGAAUCCGUGGCCAAAAGCAUGUGCACACCCACAGAGCUUAGCGCCACGAACAGGAAGUACAAGUUAUUGCCCGACAACAAUCGCAGCCGAGAAGCAUUUAAUAAAUUUCGCCGUCACCGCGAAAAUAACGCUUGCUGCCGGCGUAUUGGGCCAAAGCAGAGCAGAGCUGGCAGCUUGGUUUACUAUAAAAGUUGUGAUCGGACACAGAAAAGUAUCAUUCGCAGAUCCAGUUCACUUCUGUAAAGAACAACCAAUCAGCACUCCUAGUAACAUGGCUUUCAAGUUCGUCUUCGCCCUCGCUUUCGUCGCCGUGGCCAGCGCCGGCUAUGCGCCCAUCGCCGCCCCACAGGUGUACCAUGCUGCCCCGGCUGUGCCCGUCGCACAGAAGGUCGUGGUCAAGGCCGCCGAGGAGUACGACCCCCACCCCCAGUACCGCUUCUCCUACGGAGUCGACGACAAGUUGACCGGCGACAACAAGGGACAGGUGGAGGAGCGCGAUGGAGACGUGGUCCGUGGAGAGUACUCCCUGAUCGACGCCGACGGCUACAAGAGGACCGUCCAGUACACCGCCGACCCCAUCAACGGAUUCAACGCAGUCGUGAACCGUGAGCCCCUGGUCAAGGCCGUCGCUGUUGCCCCAGUUGUGAAGACCGUCGCCGCUCCCGUUGCCCACUACGCCGCCCCUGCUGUCGCCCACUACGCUGCUCCCGCCGUGGUCAAGACCGUGGCUCCAGUUGCCCACUACGCUGCCCCUGCUGUCGUCAAGACUGUGGCCCCAGUGGCUCACUAUGCUGCCCCAGCCUAUGCCACAUAUGCUGCUCCCACCCACUACGCAGCUCCCGCCCACUAUGCCGCCCCAGCUGCCACGUAUGCCUCGUACUCGGCUCCCGCUGUCGCCUACCACCACUAGAUCCUGGCUGAAAUCGACGCUGUACAUAUUUAGAAUUGUUGGCUUUAUUAUUACUGUUCAUUUAUUUAUUGACAGCACCAAUAAAAAAAUGCAUUUCAGUAUGUAGACAUAUAUCACGAGA